GCGAUAUUGUUUUACGACUUCUCCUUGACCUUCUCCACCGAGGUUGAAUACUUCUGGAAAUCGGCCAACAUAUCCCUGUUCUCUGUGCUCUUUGCUGCCAACCGCUAUUUCGGCCUUCUGGGACCCAUCCCUACCAUAUUCGAGUACUUCACUAGCCCUUCUGAGCAGGUGAUCAUCCUAGUGCUUCGUACAUACGCUCUGUACGAACGCAGUGGACGGAUCCUCGUGCUGCUCAUAGUCACACACGAUGUCUGUCUGUUUACAGAUCUCGCCAUCGCAUGGUUCGCAAUGUUGUGGUUCGAUACGACCAUUUUUGUGUUGACGCUAGCGAGGGCGAUCCAAAUGCAUCGUCGCCUCCCAGGUGGGAUAGUGGAGAUUCUGUUCCGAGAUGGAACUAUCUACUACGGGCGAGUGGCCUGCGUUUGCAUUUGCAGGCUAUCCACGACACUCAUUUCACGGCUUAUCUUGAACCUCCGGGACACGCGACUGCGACGAGCGCGUUACAUCGGAGAAGGUGCGAAUUCGCAAGCAUUGUCCGCGACUUCUGCGCAAUCCGUCGUCUCCCGUGUGGUCUUCGGCAGAGAUCAGGCGAAAGCUCUUAGCACCAGCGCCUCGGACUCGACAUCUUGUACGGAUUUCCCAAAUGAUACGGAGAUGACCGCAUAG